AAUACUGUGACGACCUGAGUGGUUCUGUCCUUUUUGUUUUUGGGAAUUGUAUGAAACAAAAUGGCUAAAUCAAGAAAGAAAUCUAAAUCUGCGAAACCUCAAACAAAUAAAGCCUCUCCAGCAUCUACUGAUGAUUCUAUAAACUCCAAUAUAUUAGUCGCUGCAUUGAGUGUACCCAGUCAGCCUGUGUUGAUGAAAGUAUGCAGAUUAUGUGGUACCAAAGACGGUCCGUUUUUGAAUAUUUUUGAUCCAGAGCAGGUCACUGCUAGCAAAGUGGACCAGCUUAUGCCAUUUAAGAUUACAGAAAAUGAUGAUCUACCUCACAAGAUUUGUUUUCGAUGCUCGGCAAAAGUGGAAGAACUUUAUGAAUUUGUACAGAAAUGUAUAAAUACACAAGAAAAUUUACACAAGACAAUGGGUAAGAAUGCUCCGGUUAUGAAACCGAAAUCACGUAUUUUAUGGGAAGAGAAAUUAAAUAAAUCAAAUAUGUCCAAUGAUGACAUUUGUGAUGCUUUGAUUAAAAAGGCAAUGGAAGGUAUCAAAGAUAUCCCAUUGAAAUCUCCAACAUUAGAUGAAGAAAAUGUAAUACCUAAAGUAGACCCAACUGUAAAAAAAAGCGUUUCUUCACCUAAUCCAACACCAAAAGAUGAAAUUAACAGUGAAACCUCAACCGAUAGUAAAAGUGACAAGGCAUUAAAGCAGGUGAAUUUAAAACUUGAUAAAUGUGAGCAAAGACUAACUAGGGGCUUGCGUUCUAAUAAUUCUGAGAAAUUACCUAGUGAUUCUUUAAAUGUUGAAGAGAAGAAUUUAAAUGAUGAACAGAGUAAUUCUUUUUCUGAUAAAGUGAAUGAAAGGAAAAGCUUAGAUAGAUUAUCAAAAAAUAAACCAAACCCUGCUAGUAUCACUAGUAUUAGCAUUGAUUGUGAUGAUGAGGAAGAAACAGCAAACAUUAAGAACCAAAAUGAAACAAAUAAUAGUGUUAAAAGUAAUCCUGAAACACAACCAAUAAAAGCAUUCAACAUUAUGGAUCAUAUCAGCAUGAUUAAAGUUAAUGGUGUAGGUGUAUUAUUCCAGUGUCAAUUAUGCAAUCGGAAUUUCCUGAAGAAAGAAGUUGUUAUGAUCCAUGCCUGUGCUAAAAAUGGUGUUCCUAAAGUAGAUUUCACUGUAAAAUUGCCUGCACCAGAGCCCCCAAAAGUUAGUACUGUUAAGUAUAUAAACACGAAAGUUAACAAUGAUUUAAAUAAACCAAUAGACCUUGAAGUUAAUACACCUCUAGUUACAGAAAAAAAGUCUAAACCGAAAAUAGGUCCUGCCAGUAAAAUUAGACGAGAGAGAAAUGAUUUAAAUUCGUCAGUUCCCUCUACUACUGAAACUAUGAAUGUCCCAAUAAAAGUUAAUCAGUCACAAUUGCCUAUUCAAACUGCAGCACCAGUUCAAAACACACUUGCUCCUACUAUAAAUUUUCCUAAUAUGCCAAGUUUACAAGGGCGUUACAAGUUGAUGCCUGGACCCAAUAACACAUUUACUCUUGUUGAAGAUACAAGUCAAAUAGUACUUAAUAACACACAAGCGAGCGAAAGUGUAACGCAGCCUAAUAAACCAAUCUCAAAUUUGAAGAAGAGAAAAUCAGAUGAUGCUAAUAAAACACAGAGUAUGCAAAAUAGUAACAUGCAAAGUGAUAAACAAGAUAAAAGCAGAGCACCUGUACCAAAUUACUCUUCUACUAUUAUUGAUUUAGAAGACCAACCAGACGUUACAAAACCCACCUCAAAUGAUCAGCCAUAUCCCGUAGGACUGUUUCAGACAGUUAGUCGUCGCACUUUGGCACCACCACUUCAAGAGCCACCUGCAUUUACUACUCCUGCUAUGAAAAAACAGUCUUAUACCAUUGUCCAAACUGGUAAUCCAAGCAAAUUGCUUAUUUCUACAAAACCACAACCAGCUCCCGUAGAGGAGGUACCAAAGAAAAAAUCUAAGAAGUUAAAAGAUCGUAAUGAGGAGGUAAAAGAACCGUUUUCGGUAACCUUAGAGGAUGCUAAUCAUACGAAAGAUUCUGGAUUUUUCACAUUUAUCAAUGUGGAUCCAUUAUUACAACCUUCAUACGUACUCCCUACAGAUAAUAUUAUUCAGGAAUCACAAAUUUCCACAUCUACAUCUGUAGUAAAGGAAACAGCACAGACAAAGGAAAAAGAAAAAUAUUCCUGUAAUAUGUGUAGUGAAACAUUUUCUAGAGAAAAGAAACUUCUCGCGCAUAUUCAGUCCCAUUAUAGUAAGAUGGAUGAGGAAGAUCAGCUAAGGGCAGAGAAAAGUAUAUCACGAAAGAGAGGGAAACGAAAUUAAUGUUUUUUAUUGUAAAUAGC